AUGGCCGAACCACAGCCUACUCAAAUUCAAGAGGGCGAUCAAGCUCCAUCCGCCAUUCCAGGCAGCAACAAAUCCGAGAGUGCAGCUUUGAACACUUUGGACAAUCAAGCCGCAGACUCCAAGUCCACCAAUACAGCUUCAACCGCUGCACUGGGAAAGGCGAUGAAGAAUCUGAACAUCGCCAGCGAGGAAAAGUCUGAGGCCAAGAACAUAAAGGUGGACAUGGCGGAUGUUAUAUUGUUGGUAAGUUCGAAACAUUGUUUCCAAAGAAUGAGAGAAGAGAUGCUGAAUGCUGAUGUCUUUGCAGNNGCUGAAAAUCUGGAUGUUUCGAGGGCCAGAGCUACUGAAUUAUUGAAGGCUAACGAUGCAGACCCGGUCAAAGCAAUGCGAACAUGGGUAGCGGCGUGA